UGUAUCCACCUGCAGAAGCCGCUUUCUUGCACUACACACUUGAGCGCCGCUGCGCGUGUUGGACGCUCCUCUCCGCCACUCUUCUCCAGGAACAACUCUUUGUUUCAAACCUCCUUCAGUGGAAAAUACACAAUCUGUUGAUACCAUUUAGAGAUCACUCCAAGUUAAGGCGGCUGCGUCAAGUUCAUUUGAAUCCAAGCUUUGUUCGGCUCUGGGGAUAAUCGUGCAGGAUCUGCGGCGGAUACACUGAUACUACUCCUGCGUGCGGACAGAGGAGCUCAAAGGAUCGGCAGUGGAUGGUUUUAAAUGUUGACCAGCUUUAACACAAUAUUCACUGGACGGAACUAGAAGCUCCCGGACUCUACUUCUGCUCUGUUAACAAACAGAGGGACAAUGUUGUGGGACAAACUGUGCUGGCUACUGGCCCUGCUGGCCUUAUCGUCUGGGGCGCUGCCCGCCUUCAUUGAGCCCCUCUCUGCUCCCAGGAUCUUCCUGUCCUUCAAAGAGUUAAAGUCUACCGGCACAGCUCAUCACUUCUCCUUUUUGCUGAACUCGACUGACUAUCGGAUUCUUCGCAUGGAUGAGGACCAUGACCGCAUGUAUGUGGGCAGCAAAGAUUAUAUCCUCUCUCUGGACCUGCACGACAUCAACAAGGAGCCGCUCAUAAUCCACUGGCCUGUUGCUCCCCAAAGGAAGACUGAAUGUGUCCUGUCAGGAAAAGACACCAAUGGAGAAUGUGGAAACUUUAUCCGUCUGAUUGAGCCGUGGAACCGGACCCACCUGUAUGUGUGUGGAACUGGCGCGUACAACCCCAUCUGCACCUACGUGGACCGAGGACGCAGGUCACAGGGGUCCCACUACCUUCAGGCAGCCCAAUCUGGAGGGAGAACAAGUCGGGCAGCAGACUACAGCACUACGUCAGAGCCUUUGGAGGCUAAGGAAUAUAUCUUCCGACUGGAACCUGGUAAAGUGGAUUCUGGGAAAGGAAAAUGUCCUUAUGACCCCAAACUGAACAGCGUUUCUGCUUUGAUCAAUGGAGAGCUGUAUUCAGGAGUCUACAUUGAUUUCAUGGGAACAGACUCGGCAAUCUUCCGUACUCUGGGGAAGCAGACAGCCAUGAGGACUGAUCAGUACAACUCCAGAUGGUUAAACGAUCCCACAUUCGUCCACGCACACCUCAUCCCAGACAGCGCUGAGAAGAAUGAUGACAAGCUGUAUUUCUUCUUCCGCGAGAAAUCCUCCGAAAUGGGCCAGAGUCCAAUGACCCAGUCCAGGAUAGGGCGGAUCUGUCUGAAUGAUGACGGUGGACACUGCUGUCUGGUCAACAAGUGGAGCACGUUUCUGAAAGCUCGACUCAUUUGCUCAGUGCCUGGACCUGACGGUGUUGAGACACACUUUGAUGAACUAAGGGAUGUGUACAUCCAGCCAACUCAAGACACCAAAAAUCCUGUCAUCUAUGGCGUCUUCUCAGUUUCAGGAGCUGUGUUCAAAGGCUCGGCGGUGUGCGUCUACUCCAUGGCUGACAUCCGUAUGGUCUUCAACGGGCCUUUUGCCCACAAGGAGGGGCCCAACUACCAGUGGGUGGCGUACACUGGGAAGAUCCCUUACCCACGACCUGGCACUUGUCCUGGAGGCACUUUCACCCCCAACAUGAAAUCCACAAAGGAUUACCCAGACGAGGUAAUCAACUUCAUGAGAAACCACCCCACCAUGCACAAUGCUGUAUACCCGGUGCACAAGCGCCCCCUGGUGGUCAGAAACAACGUGGACUAUGAGUUCACCACAAUUGCAGUGGACCAAGUGACAGCUGCUGAUGGGAGCUACGAAGUGCUCUUCCUGGGCACAGAUCGGGGGACAGUCCAGAAAGUGAUUGUCCUGCCCAGAGACGACUUACAGACAGAGGAGUUAGUCUUAGAGGAAGUAGAAGUCUUCAAGGUUCCCACGGCAAUUACCACCAUGAAGAUUUCAUCAAAACGGCAACAACUGUAUGUGGGAUCGGUCUUGGGGGUGACCCACCUGGCUCUCCAUCGCUGUGAUGUGUACGGUGAGGUCUGCGCUGACUGCUGUCUGGCCAGAGACCCGUACUGCGCCUGGGAUGGCAAAUCCUGCUCCAGAUACUCUUCCUCACAGAAGAGAUCUGACCCCUCUAGACGGAGCCGUCGGCAGGAUGUCAAGUAUGGCAACCCGAUCCGCCAAUGCAGAGGUUAUAACUCCAACACCAAUAAGAAUACUCUGGAGACAGUUCAGUAUGGGGUGGAGGGCAGCACUACGUUCCUGGAGUGCCAGGCCAGGACUCCUCAUGUGUCUCUCAAGUGGCACCUGCAAAAGGAAAACAGUGACAGAAGAAGAGAGAUUCGCUCAGAGGGCCGCGUCCUAAAAACAGAACAAGGUCUUUUGAUCCGCUCACUGCAGUCCUCUGACAGCGGCAUCUACCUGUGCACAUCCACAGAGAAAAACUUCAAGCACACGCUCGUCAAACUGCAGCUUGUGGUCCUUUCCAGUCGCACGGUCAACAGCGUGUUGGUGGAAACGGGCAGUCCGGCCCUCCCUCCACUGCAGUCCAGUGCCUGGACUCCGAGCGCCGGUCAGUAUAAAGACCUGCUGACCAUCCUAAGCCAGCCGGAGAUGGGCCUGAUCAACCAGUACUGCCAGGAUUACUGGCAGCUUGGAGACGUCAGCCCCGGGGACAACAAAGCCAAAAGCCUGAAGGAGCUGAAAGAACAGAAGAAGCCUCGCAACCGUCGGCAUCAUGAUGAGGAAACAACUCCCGCUGAGACAUGAAGAGCUGGACAUACACCUCAUCACACUCCCCCAGUCUACCUUUCCACACCACCUCCUAACACUGCAACCCUCCAUUCAGGGGAAUGACUCCAGUUAGAAAGAUGAAAUUAUCUUAAUGGACAAGACAGAUACUGCAACCAAAAGCAACAGCAUCAAACAGUUUCUAUGUAACUGUUUGAAAAAAAAACACAAUAUUUAUUGUAGGUUGUAAAAAGUAAUUCUUUGUACCUACCUAGAAAACAUGUUUUUUUGUGAAUAGGUAAAUUUGUGCAAAUAUUGUUGUAUUAUUGUUAGUGUUUAUUACAAUGUGUUAUUAUGUUGAGAAUAUCUUUAUGUUUGGUGUUUUUGAGAAACUGCAACAAUAACCGAGGACUUUGGGAGUAUUCACAGACGGACAUGUAUUCAGAAAACUGUUACAGGCGACCAUGUUGGAUCACUUGACUGCUGGCAGUAUUCAGUGUCUAAGCUGGAAGUCGAAACGCUGGUUCAGAGAAAUUCUCGAAUUUCCCUAAACUUCCUCACCAGAACUCUCAACUGUAUAUCGGGCAGUUUUGUUUCACUGCAAGAUACGAGCUGUUGACAGAAUGAUCGCCGCAUUUCUUGGGACACAGAAGAAUAAAAGAAAUGCCAACAGACUGCAAGCCGUGACAACAUAUCACGGUCAAACAGUCGCACGUUUAACGAAAGGCCCUCUGUGGCAGGUAAGACGCCUCUCCUUUAAAGUUUGUGGUCCAGCCUGGCCUCAAGUAAUGAUGUUACAUCAACCACCCAAACUCUUCCAAAAUCCGUUGCUGCCAAGUGUUUUGUUUAUAUGUGCAUAACACAUCUCAAUGUUGUAUCCUUAACAAACGUGAUCUUUGUAAUAAGCUGUGUUUUGGGGGAAAAGGGUCCUUUAACGGCACAAAAGUUGAAAAUAUAACAUUGCCUUCUCUUUUCUCUUUUGAGAUGAGAAAUUCCAGCAGGCAGCUAUUUGUGAGUUUGUGACAGUUUGUGAUUUAAAAAAAAACAAAACAAAAAAAACAUAAGACACAAAGCACCUUCUGUUGCCAAAUCGGUAAUCUUGAUAAAACGGUAGAUACUUCACAUGUAUCUGUGCAAUAUGCAGUAUGUUCAUAUAAGGCAGAGCAUGUAGUUUGUAUGCUCAAAGGUUUUUUUGGCUCUCAAUGAAUCUAAAGGUUGCAUUCCUGCCAGUUUCAUGCUAAAUAUUGGUUUCUCUAAGUGAAUAAUUAUCAUUAAUCAUGUAAAUGGUCUACGCUUCUAUUAACUUACAGCCACAAAUGGUUCUGUAUUUUCUAUAGCAGCUGGUUAACAACAGUCGGCUACGUUUGUCAAUCCAAUGCAGUGCUAUGCUGCUAUCGUAUGUGCCACAUACGUCGUAUAAAAGUUCCAUACAGUGAAACAAAAGUCACAACCACGAACACGCUGAUCACCACUAAACCUGAAGAGAAACAUGUACCAAAAUCUUCAGAAGGUGGCUUUUCAUUGUGCAUGGCAUGUACAGUGUAAUGUAUAUGGUAUUUGUCUAAAAUGCUACGUUACUGUGGAUGUCAGUGAAUGUCUUUCUCGUUGUGGGAAUAUGAAAAUACUAUCCGUGCAAGAAAGAUGCUGAAAGUACAGAAACGUCAGAUUGUGCUUUUAGAUUUCAAUCUCUCUCUUUCUCUCUCUCUCUUUCUCUCGCUCUCUGUCUGUAUGUCUCUUUU